UUAAAAAGAAAAAUCAAUUUUAAUAAAAUAAUUAUGUAAUAUUGUUAAUUUAUUAAGAAUAUAUAUGUAAUUAACAAUAUUAAGAACUAAUGUGGGCGCUAGAAAAUUAACUUAUCAAAAAAUAUUUUAGAGAUUUGAACAACUGUUUGUAAUUAAUUUAAUAGAAAACAAGUUUUUGGCCAACGUUAGAAACAAUUAAAAAGGAAAAAGGCACGUUCAAUGAAACAUUGAAACUCAUAGUUUAAGAAUCUCGCGUAUAAUGCAGGUGACUAAUAUAUUGGCAUUAAUCAAUUUGAUUCGAUCCACUUGAUUCGGGAUAUAUGUGAUAAUAAUCUAUAGAACUAUAAAAUAGUGGACAUUGAUGAAGGCACGACGUGUAUUACAGACUUUUCUUAUAAACCAAACUGAAAAGUGUUUUCUUCUAUUUGGAAAUCAAACGAGCUCUAAUCCGAGGGGAUGUCUCACGUCCAGCCUCUGCUUCUUCUCCUUGCAUCGCUCUUCUUUUUACCUUUUACGCGUGCCGUCGACUUCGUUUAUUGCAACAAUGUUGGAUACGAUUUCGGUACGGUCACCGCUCUGGAGGUUGAGCCUAGUGACCAGAUAUUUGAAAUCUCACUAUCGUUUUCGACAAGUAGUACAAUUAAAAGCCCCAGCCUUGCGGCAACUCUAGACGUGUCCCUUAUGUUUGAAAAUAUGAAUAUUCUUCAAUCCAGCUCCCUCAUCUGUAAUACUGGUGUAUGCCCACUUGAACCUAGCAAGGACUAUGUUAUAAAUACUUCCGUAAUUCGUCCUUCAAUCCCUCAGAAUCCCAAGUAUGCCAUAAGUUUGAAUGAUAGACUUGGAGACAUUGGAGAGCCCGAAAAACUCUGUGUCAUAUUCGAUUUGCCUACUUGAUGAGCUGACAUUCCUACAUUUAUCUCUGCUUAUUCAAGUUGGGUGAAAAUAGUGGCUGAAAAGUCUCUUCCGCUCCAUCAUCAGUGUCGGCUCAAUGUAUUUGUAUGCUCCAUGAAAGAUUUUAAAAGUUGUGCCAUUUAAAAUGCUUUUUUUUGUUAAUGCUGAUUGUCCUCUAAAUUACGUUUAAAUUUGGGAAUUUUAAAGUGAUGGUUUGUUUGCCUAUGCUCUGGACGGAACCUCUGUUAUGCAGUUUUCCUUCUUUGUGUUGUUCUAUGAAAAUAAAAGGAAACUUUAAUCUGUUAUAAAUCAUAUUGUGGAUGUCCAUAACCAGCCCGGUUCAUAACCGGCCCAAUGCUAGAGAGAGAAAGAGUCGACCGUGAGGAGAGAGAGAGAUAAUCGGCAUCUUGCUUUUUCCUUAUUAGACUAUGAUUUGUACUCUUUCCAUAUUUGUAUUUCCUUUCUUUACUCUUUCCAUUAUUCUAUGACGGUGUAAUUCUCUACAUAUAAAGGGUUCCUUAUGUUUAUGAAUAAGACAGAAACAUAGAUUUUAUUCUCUAGUUUCACAAUACGUUAUCAGCACGAUAGAAUCUAAAUCCCUAAGCUAAAACAAACCGCCUAAAACCCUAACCCUGAUCGGCGAACAUCCUUACCGGCGAACCAUCCUAAUCCCGAUCGCGAAACCUUACAUCCUGAUCCUUGUUUGCAAUUUGUUCCCGAUCAGCUUCAGCUUAAGGCGUUCCUGAUCCUAGCUCAGACGAUCUCGGCUUGUUCAACCUCAGCUCGCAAACAAGACGAUCUCAGACAGCUCGCGACCCGAUCAGCACGUUGGACAGUUCGCGUUCCCGAUCUCAGCAAUCAGACAGCUCGCGACAACAUCAGCUCGCGUUCCGAUUAGUUCCAGCUCGCAGUUCAUCUCUUUGGUGGUCCAUUCAACCCUACUUGAGGUUAAGGUAAUUCGAAACCUUAAAGAGAACCUAUAAUCAAAUUUGAUUGUUUGAUAAGAAUCGAAACCAUAAAAACUACAAACCCUAAUAGUAUGAUCUAAUGUUGAAAUCAAAGCCAUAGGGUAAUAGAUCAAAACCCCAAUGAGUAAAUCGAAGCUCAUAAUCAUAAGUUUGAUACCCCAAACCCUAAUCGAGAUUGAUUGUUUGAUCAAUUAAAAUCGAAACCUUAAUGGUUUUGAAUCUCAAAACCCCAAUGAUCUAAGAUCAAAAUCGAAACCCUAAUAUCCAUGAUCCUAGCCGCAUACAUGCUUAUUGCAUGAAUGCAUG